CAGAAUGCAGCCUGCAGCUUUGAUGAGUGCAAUAUCCGCCCUGACUUUUGCACUGGCUCCAGCAGCUCUGUCUAAGGAAGAUGGAAAGAAAAAGAAGCUGAAAACUGACUUUCUGUCUUAUAACAGCCUGGAUCUAGACAGUGAUGACCUCAGCCUAGACAAUUAUGGAGAAAUCAUUGAUCUCAGUAAUUAUGAGGAUAUCUAUGAUUAUGGGGAUCUGGCAUCAAAGAUUGAAGUUGAUACCUUGGCCCCUCCCACCAAGCACUUUCCGCAACCCCUGAGCACAACAUCUGUGCCAGCUGAAGCUCCACAAAGCAAACCACCAAGCUCCACAGCAGCCAGGGCUAAGGGGCCAGGUCUCUUUGGGUCCAUAACAAAUCAGGGUCUUCCCACCUGCUUGAUCUGUGUGUGUAUCAGAAGCUCUGUGUACUGCGAUGACACCGAUCUAGAAGACAUCCCUCCUCUGCCCUUAGAGACUGCAUACUUCUAUGCACGCUUCAAUCGCAUCAAUCGGAUUCAAGCCAGUGACUUCACUGGACUCACAAAACUGAAACGAAUUGACUUGACAAACAACUUUAUUUCCUGGGUGGAUGAAGACUCUUUCCGGCUGCUGCCCUCUUUGCGAGAACUUAUCCUCCCUGAAAACAAGUUAACUUCCCUGCCCGAGUUGCCCAGUGGCAUUAUACAACUGGAUGCCCGCUUUAACAUGAUCCAGAGUUCAGGCAUCCGACCUGAAGCCUUCCAGGAUCUGAAGAAGCUGCAGUUCCUUUAUCUAGCUGAUAACAAACUGGACUAUAUCCCAGUGCCCCUGCCUGAGGGACUACGGUCUCUGCAUCUACAGAACAACAACAUCCAGACUAUGCAUGAAGAUGCAUUUUGCAAUAGCAGAGAUCACAGUUACAUCCGUUGGGCCCUGGAGGACAUUCGCUUGGAUGGCAACCCCAUCAACUUGAGCUUUUUCCCCGAUGCAUAUUUCUGUCUGCCUCGUCUACCCACAGGGCGUUUCUACUGAAUGAACCAUUCAUCUCAUCCACCAGCCACAGGGGUUGUUUGGAAAUAAGACC